CGGUGAGUCCGCCUCUGCGCUCCAACCGAGAGCCGCCGACUGACUGACGGGCUGCGUGGGGAUCCGGUGUGGGCGCAGCGGAGGACUUUCCUAUAAAAGCCGGGAUCCCACGGCUGCACGAGCUUGUCUCAGUGUCCCCGGCAGACAGACACGUCCUCCCGCCGCUGCUCGGAUCCACCGUCUCCGCCUCAACCGGAGGAAAUCUUAGUCUAUGGUUGUGACUGACGCUCCAACAAGGAUGUCCCGGACCGACGAGGUGCACCGUAUAACGGAGAAUGUCUACAAGUCCAUCAUGGAGCAGUUCAACCCCUGCCUGCGCAACUUCAUCGCCAUGGGGAAAAGCUACGAGAAGGCGCUCACCAGUGUCACAUACGCUGCAAAGGGCUACUUCGACGCUCUGGUGCGGAUGGGUGAGAUGGCCAGCGAAAGUCAAGGCUCUAAGGAUCUUGGGGAGGUGCUCUUUCAGAUGGCUGAAGUGCACAGACAGAUCCAGAUCCAGCUUGAAGAGAUGCUCAAGUCCUUCCACAACGAGCUGCUCACCGAGCUGGAGAAGAAGGUCGAGUUGGACGCACGCUACCUGAACGCUGCGCUGAAGAAGUACCAGAUGGAGCACAAGAGCAAAGGGGAGAGUUUGGAGAAGUGCCAGGCAGAGCUGAAAAAACUGCGCCGAAAGAGCCAGGGCAGCAAGCACCCGUCCAAGUAUGGAGACAAGGAGAUGCAGUACGUGGAGGCCAUCAGCAACAAGCAGAGUGAGCUGGACAACUACAUUGCCGAGGGCUACAAGAACGCUCUGUCUGAGGAGAGGAGGAGGUACUGCUUCCUGGUGGACCGUCAGUGCGCCGUCGCCAAGAACAGCAGCGUCUACCACGGAAAGGGGAAAGAUCUUUUAUCCCAGAAGAUCCCGGUGUGGCAGCAGGCGUGCGCCGAGCCCAACAAACUGCCAGACCGUGCCAUGUUCCUGGCCCAGCAGAUGAGUGGUGCGGCAGGCGCCAUGGUCCCCGGUCAUCACCCAGGCAUGCCCAUCUCCGAGCCCAUCCCUGGUGCUAAACCCCUGCCGGUGCCUCCAGAGCUGGCGGCCCUCAGAGCCAGCGGAGGGAUGGGACAGCAGAGGCUGAUGGGUGUGGAGGGGGGCAUGCCGGUGAUGAACGGCACCGCCGGCGCUCAUGGAGGAGAGGACUACCAGCAGUGGAUGGAGGGCAAAGUGGCCCAGGGCAAAGUCUCACCACAGACCCAGCGGCACGGAGGGGAAGUCUACUCUAACACACUGCCUGUACGCAAGGUCGCCCCCGCCAAGGGCAAGACCACUCUGACGGAGACCCGCACACUGCCACGCUCCAGCUCCAUGGCGGCGGGACUGGAGAGAAACGGGAGGACCCGAGUUCAGGCCAUCUUCUCCCACGCAGCUGGAGACAACAGCACCCUGCUCAGCUUCUUCGAGGGCGACAUCGUGACCCUGCUGGUCCCCGAGGCCCGCGACGGGUGGCACUACGGAGAGAACGAGAAGACCAGGAUGCGCGGCUGGUUUCCCUUCUCCUACACCCGGGUCAUCGCUGAAGGUGACGGCAACUCCAUGAGGCAACUUCGAGUACACAACCUCCACGGGAAGAGCAGCAGCACAGGGAACCUUCUAGAGAGAGAGGACAUGGCUCUCCCCGCCCCUGAUUACGGCACCCAGUCCCGCAUGGUGGCUCAGAGCGCCGCUGCGCUGCACGGCAGACAACAACGCCCCUACAGCGUGGCGGGACCAGGCUUCUCACAGCAGGCGGUUGAAGAGUACGAGCCCCGCUUCCCCACAAGUUCCACAGAGGGCAAAUUGAUUUCGACAGUGUGAGGACAGACAGACAAACAGACUCAGCCAGACGAUGCGAUAGGACAGGCACCUCGCUGCCCCUCCACCACCCCCCUCCCCCAUCCUCACCCUCUCCUCCCCCGCCUCCCACUCACGGCAAUAAACUCUCCCUGAGCCAAUCAAUGCGAGGAAGAGGCUUUGGUCUGUGUCCUCCCCCGCCUCUCUGAUCUCCCCUCCCCCCUCCUGACCCGCCCUGUGCUGCCUAACUGGCCGGUAGCCACAGCGGGCCGCCGGCGACGCCUCGGUGCAGCAGCCUCUGUGCCAGUCCAAUAUUCAGAAUCAAUGUGACGGACAUUUUCUGUGAGGAAAAUGUAUCUCUUGCUUGUCUUUCAUGCAUGUACAUUUGUUUUACACACGGCUGGGGGUUAUAUUUCCCCAGCAGAGGAACCUGGUUCCACAUGUCAGUGCUCUCCAUCAGAAUGACCAUGUAAUGGAACAUGUAAAUCAGGGUGUGAAAUAACGACGAGGAUUUUCAUGUGAAAACGACAUAAUCAAUAUUUUACUGGCUCUUUCAGUAUUUAACAUUUGAGCUUUUGAUGCUGUGAGCUUUUGUAUCCUCUGAGACGAGAGGCCAUGUAUCACGAGUAGUGAACUGCUGAUGUAAAUGUUUGAACUCACAGGACGCAGACGAUGUGACAGGGAUGUUUACUGUACAUAAAUGUGCCAUACAGAAGUGCUUGUCGUAACCUAACUAUGAUCAGUUCAUUUAAUCAAUAAAACCCGCACCUUAUCAAAGUUUAUAUUUCUGACUGUGUGUGAACUCUAACGUCUUCGGCCUCCAUCAUGGUGUGGAGGGACGCUGUCCUCAGACACGCACACCCGGAGGCUCAGGGUCGAUAUCUGUGGGAGUGUGUGAAUAUCAUGCCAAGGCUGAAUGGGGUCGACUGUCCUUGAAUCACAUGACGUUUCUCAGUGUGGUGCUGAAACUUAUUCAUGAAGCAAAGAAACGUUCUCUGACUCCUGCUGCCGCUCAAACGUCUCAGUCUGCUGCUUCUUUCUGUUUCAUAAUCGGACGACGUCACUUUGGUAUUUAUCAGAAUAAAUAAUCACAUUUUGAAAACGUAAUUGGCCGACUAUAAAAAAUUCUGCGGCCUUGUUGAACCAUCAUUCAUGCAUGAAAGAAAAGACAACUGGUACUGUUGUUUGGCUCGGUGCACGUUCAGCGCCUCCGAUUCAAUCACGUCUGUGAAUCGUUAAUUUAAAUGAAGAAUUCCAACCUGCUGUUUCCAUGGUCUCAUAAAGUUCAGUUAACAUUUGUGAAGUGAUGUCAGAGAGCAUAAAAUCUGGAGCUGCUUUGUGGACAACAUCUAGCUCUGAAACAGAAAAUGUUUCCAUAAACUCAAAACAUUCCUCGGGCUGCUCUCAGCGUCGUCUACAACAUCGUUCACCAUUUAUUGUUGCAGCCUAAAAUCCGCAGGCGACCAGCUGUUGCCGUUCAAAGUGGCACAGAAGGAGCAAUAUGAUCUUGUCACUACUCGUCAUAUUUAACACUUGGGCAGAAUCCUCGCAGCAGCAGUUAACGUCCGACACAGAGCCGUUAAUCACACAUCAACACCGAAACAUCUCGACUCUGUUAAUAUAAAUAAUCAUGGGUAAUGUAAGCAGUGUGAUGCUAACAGUUAGCCCUGUCACUGUGUGUGUGACUCUGAGCUCUGGUCCUGCAGCAGUCUGAUGAUAAACAGAGAGAAUCAACACGCUGCACGCAGCUCAACAAUAAAAUUAGAUUUUACCCUUUAAAUCAUCACAUUUAAAGGGAUAGUGCACCCAAAAAUGAAAAUUCAGCCAUUAUCUACUCACCCACAUGCCGAGGGAGGCUCAGGUGAAGUUUUAGAGUCCUCACAUCACUUGCAGAGAUCCAAGGGGAGAGGAGGUAGCAACACAACUCCACCUAAUGGAGGCUGACGGCGCCCCAGAUUCAAACGUCCAGAAACACAUAAUUGAAACCACAAAAUAUCUCCAUACUGCUCGUCCGUAGUGAUCCAAGUGUCCUGAAGCCCCGACAUAAAAAGUUGUGUGGCAAAUACAAUGCAAGCACAGAGAGGCAGUCAGAGCUACAGGCUACAAUGAGGCUAAAAACAGAGUUCAAAUGAGGUUUUUCCAAACAACUUUUUAUGUCGGGGCUUCAGGACACUUGGAUCACUACGGACGAGCAGUAUGGAGAUAUUUUGUGGUUUCAAUGAUGUGUUUUUGGACGUUUGAAUCUGGGGCGCCGUCAGCCUCCAUUAGGUGGAGCUGUGUUGCUACCUCCUCUCCCCUUGGAUCUCUGCAAGUGAUGUGAGGACUCUAAAACUUCACCUGAGCCUCCCUCGGCAUAUGGGUGAGUAGAUAAUGGCUGAAUUUACAGUUUUGGGUGCACUAUCCCUUUAAGUAAAGUUGUGGUGAAUCUAUAUAAAUUAAUAGGUCACGCAGAAUUCACAGAGAUUGGUUGAAUUUGUGUUCAGCGACCGCAUCCUGGAGGGAGCGUUUUAUGGAGCAGCUUUGCACUUUAUACCUGAUGACAUCACAGAUUUGAGUGCGAGGACUCUAGUUUUUGGAUUUGGGACAGCAUUUAUGAGUUUUACUAAUAUUUUUGGGCUGCCAGAGACCAGAGGAAUAACAUGUUAGAAUUUUGAAAAUUAGUUCAUCUUUAAGACCGAUAAUGACUCAGGGGCGGAGCCAGACGCUUCAAACAUUCAGGGCUCAGAAUGAUUUCAAAUGAUUUAAGACAUCAGACUGAAUAUUUACAUUUGCAAAAAUCAAGAUGAAAUCAUCCUGUAGAGCUGCAUCCUCUUUUGUAUCUUCAUCACUCUGACACCAGAGUCAUCCUCAGCAUUUGUUGAAGAUGACUCAUUUUCACUCCAGCCUCCUAAACAUCGUCUGAUAUUAUUUUUAAGUCAUAAACGGCAUCACUAAUCCAGAAACCGGUUUUUGUUUCGCUCUGCUGGAGUUCAACACAACAGUUGAUAUAUCUGCCACGUUUAAUCCAUCCCAUAAUAAUAUGUGCUGCUCUAACUGCAAAUCAAGGAUCCCCACCAGGCCUACUAAAUGUGAACUGUAAAACUCUGAGGAGCCCCAGAAGCCCCGCCUCCUCUCCACCCCUGAAAUGAUUGUCUGAUGAACGUGUGAUUGAAUCGAGGUGUCCGCGCUGUGAACAUAAUCAAUCAGAGUCUUCCGUGUAUGCGGGGCUCAUGUUUGUGCAGCCAUGAAGGGGGGAGGAGUUAAUGUGAUGUUGAAACCUCAUUCAGCCUUCAUCUUCUUCUUCUUCUUCUUCUUCUUCUUCUUCUUCUGUUGUCUUUGUAAUUAAAAAGUAAAAAAAAAGCCCAGUGAGUAAAAGCAUCAUGUUCUGAAGAUAAAAGACUGUUUGUCUGAUUCUCUCUGUGCUAAAUAAAGAUGCUGGUCUGCUUGUCUGUAUGUCCGUCCAGUUAGUGCCUGUCUUUACUAACCCCUGUCCCUCUGUCCACAUCUGAUGUCCACUAACGAGCCCACUUAGAACUGGUCUUCCUCAUAUCGUUGAGGUUUACACAGAAAUCUGGUCCCUGUAGUUUUUACCAAAGAGAAGAGGUGAACGUUUAGACUCCUUGUGCGUCCCCUGCUCUGCAGAAAUGUCCGUCCUUACCAGUUAUUUUUUUAAGAUAUUUUACAUGUGUUGCCAGCAGCUGUUCAGUGUCAGCUGCGUUUCUAUAAAUGAGACUCAAGUCAGGACAGACAUAUCUGCACUGUGGACAUGUUUCCUUGCUGUCUCUCUGCUCUCCUCUCUGUUUGUCUGUCUCCUAACACUCGUCUUCCCCCUCAGCUUUGCCAACUCCCCUUUUUCUCCAUCUCUGUUUUGAUGAAUUUAGAGACAAAAGUCGAGAGCAAACCGCAGGAAGCUGCCAGUGUUUCUUCUUUCUCCACUAAAUUAAGCCCAAGGUACGACUGCCAUCGCUGCAGAGAUAGCACACCAACCACCUGUGGCCCGAUAACUCCGACAUCAGCUGAUGUGCUUUUAUUUUGACGGGUUUUAUUGUAAAAAGAAUGAAAAAGUUGUACAGAGAAUUUAUGGACGUGCAUGAUUUGAGGGCACCAAAAGGUUUAAUGUUGAUGACCUCAAAUGUAUGGUGACUUUCUACUCUUAAAGGAUCUAAUAAAUUAACUCA